GCCUCCUCUGACGCAGCAGGGAACAAGAGGAUGUGACGAGAUGCGCGAGCACCCACAAUUUCGCGCGCAGAUCCGCUUUCCUUUCCGUGAGAGUUAAGAUGGCGGACCGGCGGCGACGGAGACGGCGCGCCUCUCAGGACAGCGAGGAGGAAGACGAGUCCGCGUCGGGCUCCGAGAGCGGGGGGUCGCUGUCCGGCGUCCGGAAAACUCGCGGAGAAGACCCCGCGCCGGUGGAGUCGCCGGCGGAGCGCGUGAGCGCCAAGAGAGACGACGAGUCGGAGUGUGAAAGUGAAGAUGGUGUUGGUGAAGCGGUCUUAUCAGACUAUGACAGCGCUGAUCUGGAGGAGAACGGGUCGCACACGGAGGGAGGAGAGGAGGAGGAGGGAGAGCAUUUCAGUGAUGAAGAGGCCUCACGUCCUGCCGCAGAACCGAAGCCCAGUGCAGACGCCCCGACAGAAGAGCUUGGUGAAGAGGAGGAGAGAGAUGGAGGGGUCAAGGAAGUUAAAUCUGAUGAGAAGGGCAAUCUAGCUGGGGAGCGACAGAGUGGGGACGGACAGGAAAGCACAGAGGACCCUGAGAAUAAAUCGGGCAGCAAAGGUGAGAAGCUUGACGAUGAUGAGGACAGGAAGAAUCCAGCCUACAUCCCCCGAAAAGGCCUUUUCUUUGAGCAUGACGUGAGAGGCCAGGCUACAGAGGAGGAGAGGCCAAAAGGCAGGCACAGGAGGUUGUGGAAGGACCAGGGCCGAUGGGAACACGACAAGUUCCGCGAAGAGGAGCAGGCGCCAAAAUCGCGUGACGAGCUAAUUGCUUUAUAUGGCUAUGACAUCCGCAAUGGCACAGGGGCAAGUGACGGGCGAUCGUACCGCCCUCGAAAACCCAGAUAUGCUGGUUCGCCCAGUCGGGAGCCGAGGCGUCACCGUGACGGUGAAAAGUCAGUUCGUACAACAUGGCAGGCGCCUCCACUUGGCCACCGCAACACCCCUCAGACUGUUCCCCUACAGUCAGGCACACCUCCUGCUCCCCCUGCAGCACCCAAACCCUCCGGCCGACCCUCGACUCAGCCUCCACAGCGCAGCUUCCAAAGCAGUCGCGUCUCGUCGGCCCCCCACAGGACAGAAGGGCAGAGACACUCGAAACCCAGUCUAGACGGCCCGCCACCCCGAGGAGUGCAGCCACAUCCUGUAGAGGGCGAGAGGGGCCCGAGGCUCAGGGGCCGAGGCUCACAUGCUGUUCACACAGAGCGUAGCCCAGCCGUGGUGGUGGAGGACAUCCGCAGUGAGGAAGAUGAGGAGGAGGGCGAGAUUCCAACAGCUACAACUACAUACACCGCUCACCACUACAGGACGGAGAGAGAGAGGGUCCCGGCUCCACGGAAACAAGAGUCUGGCCCAGCGAUGGAAGGGGGUAGUGCAGUCGGUCAGGUGCGAGAAUCGUCUCCUCCUCAAGAGAGGCCGGUGGAAAAGAAGUCGUACUCUCUUGCGCGGAGGGCGACGCGAACGCGACCGUCUGAUCUCAGUAAGCAGGCGUCAUUAGAUGAGUCUUCACCCGUGGUCCAGCAAGCCCCGACGGCAGCAAAGAGCGAGUCGUGGCAAGAGCAGAGCAAUGCUGGGACACAAGCUGGACUGACAGGCCUCGACCAGGACCUGGCCCGACUCAGCCUGGCGGGGCAGAACUGGGCCCAAAGCCCACCCUCCUACCUGCAGGCCGAGAUGAGAGGCAUUCGAAGCUCCAUGCACAUGACAGGAGGCCCUCCGCAGUAUGGAAACAUGGAGGAUAUGCAGGGUGUUGGCGGUGGCCGGGCUAAGCGGUAUUCAUCACAGCGCCAGAGGGCAGUUCCCGAGCCUGCACCCAUGCACAUUGGAGUCAUGGAGGGCCAUUAUUAUGAACCCAUGUCUUUCCAGGGACCAAUCUACGGGCACGGGGAAAGCCCAGCAGCCCUGCCCCCUCAAGGCAUGCUGGUUCAGCCUGAGAUGCACCUGCCACACCCCACUCACCCCGGACACCCAGGCUUGCACCCGCACCAGUCAGGAGGUCCCAUGCCCAAUCCAGCUCUUUACGCCGCCCCACCCGUUUCUAUAUCACCUGGGCAACCACCUCCACAGCAGCUGCUGCCCCCACCCUUCUACCCCCCUCCAGGUGUGAUGACCUUUGGGAACACCAACUACCCGUACCCUGCCGGAGCUACGCUACCUCCAAUGUACCCCAACCCCCAGGCACAGGCACAGGUCUACGGUGGGGUGACAUACUACGACACGGUACAGCAGCAAGCUCUGCCCAAACGCUCCCCGCCCCGACGUUCCUCUCAUCCCGUUACAGUCAGACCUCCCCCUCCUGAGGACCAGAGCAGAAAGGCCACUGAGGAGAUUCACUCCUAGCUGACGGAGGACGAGGAGGCCGCCGCGUGUCAGGACCAGCACCGCUUCUGUAUAAAUUGAAUUCCCCAUUUAGGUUUUAA